CACAUGCGGAAAUAUCAACAUGGAGAACAGCAGAGAAGAUUCCACGAAUUCACUUUUGAAAGAUGGGUGCUACACUGAUUUCCUGGCAGAUGACUUUGAUGUGAAGACGUACACAGCUCAGGCUAUUCACCAUGCUGUCAUUGCUGAGCAACUGGCCAAGCUGGCACAGGGAAUCAGUCAGCUGGACAAGGAGCUGCACAGCCAGGUUGUGGCCAGACAUGAAGACUUACUGUCUCAGGCGACUGGGAUAGAGUCCCUUGAAGGUAAUGAGACACAUUUCUAUAUGCCAACAUUAUAA